AUGGAGACUGAGAUGAAGAAGCUCGACCUAGUCGGGACCGCGGAUACUGAUGUCGAGAUAGGCACUAUUCACAACGAGCGUAUGCCCCAUUCCCUUCGCAAUCUAAGUCAAGAUGAGAUCUCGGAUCUCAACCGGAAGCUUGUUCGCAAAAUCGACUGCAUCGUCUUGCCAAUCAUUGGCAUCCUCUAUAUACUGAACUACAUCGACCGUCAAAACUUGGCUGCAGCGAAAUUACAAGGUAUCAUGGAGGAUCUUGACAUGACAACUCAACAAUUUGCGACGGCGAUCUCGAUCCUCUUCGUUGGGUAUCUCCCUUUCCAGAUUCCGAGCAACUUGAUCAUUGCAAAGAUCUCGAGGCCUGGACUAUACAUCUGCGUGGCUGUGGUCAUCUGGGGGUCGAUUUCUGCUGCGACGGCAGCUGUGAAGACGUAUGGUCAGUUGUUGGCUGUACGCGCUAUUCUUGGGGCGGCAGAGGCUGUAUUCUUCCCUGGAGCCAUGUACUACUUGUCAGCAUGGUACAACAAGACUGAACUCGGAAAGCGUAUCGCGGCCUUGUAUAUUGCGCAACAAUUCGGUAACGCAUUCGGUGGCCUCUUUGCUGCUGGUGUCUUCGAGCUCGAUGGAAAGCAUGGCAUCCGUGCAUGGCAAUGGCUAUUCAUCAUCGAAGGUUCUGCUACGGUCGGCAUCGGCGGAAUCUGCGCCUUUCUUAUGCCAGAAUUUCCACAUAAUAGCAAAAUACUCUCCCCUAUUCAGCGUGAUCUCGCAGUCUGGCGCAUCGAAUCCGAGUCGGGCGCUGCAGAAGGUACCGAGAAAGAGAGUGUCCUGAAGGGGUUCAAGAUGGCGAUUAGUGACCCAAAGUUGCUGCUCCUCAUUCUAUGCAAUCUCCUCUCACAGGCGCAAGGAUCAAUCGCCAACUACUUCCCGACGCUGGUCGCCUCUCUAGGUUACAAGGGUAACACCAGUCUUCUUCUAACUGCCCCACCAUACAUUCUUGCAGGCAUCGUCUACUAUGGACUUAUGUGGUACUCUGAUCGCAAGAACGCAGCAUAUCGCAUCAUCCUUGCGUGUAUUGCCAUCGCUUGUGUCAUGUAUAUCAUACCCAUGACGACGUUGAAUGUCGGUGCGAGGUACUUCUCCAUGAUGAUCCUCCCCUUCGCCUCCGUCGGACCACAGCUUGUACUGUACAAGACUAUCAAUCUACAUCUUGCACGCCCAACUGCUAAGCGUGCAGCAGCGUCAGCGCUAGUCAAUGCCAUUGGUGGCACCUCCAAUAUUUGGGCCUCCUACCUUUACUACGCUCCACCGCAGUUCUACACGGCCUUCGGUACGCUGAUGGGCUGCGCGUUAGCAUUUGCAGCUACCAUAACCUUCUACCGUUGGCUUGUUCGUCGAGAGAACAAACGCCUUGACUCUUGCGAUCCGGACCAGAUUGCGAAGGUCAUUCGAGGUGGCGUCACGGAGGAGAUGGUACAACUCAAUUGGCGCCAGCUCACGAAGCAGUCGGGAGUACAGCCAGAUGGAGUCUCCCCAGUCUCGGCUCACGAGCAACAAAGCAAUCUUGCGUCAGUUACACCGGAUGAGAUGGGUGACCUUGAUCUUGACACAGCAUGGCGGACUAUUCUUGAUGGUCACAGCCAGCAGCACAACUCUACGACAGAUGAUGAGCUUCUGGGCAUCGCGACAUCGAACAAGAGAGUGGCUUCUGUCUUCCUACCAGAACAGUCAGUGAGCAACAUCGACGUCACCUUGCAGAGGAUUCUAGCGACAGAGACGGACCCACAGCUGGAAGUCACACGUAUGCAAAGUCCUCAAUUUAACACACUUGGUGACAACCUCGGUCUUUCCAGCAUGUGCAGUCCCUGCGGGUGGUACUCAGGUGAGUCGCCCCGACUGCAAGAUGACUGGAAUAUUUCCACAGCGCAAGUUGUCCGAGGUGUCGAGUUGUUCUUCAUUCACCUGUCUUCGUUCCUGCCUUUCAUUCAUCGGCCAACAUUCGAUAGCAACAGAGCUGAUGAAAGUCUACUUUAUGGCAUGCUUGCUCUUGGGUAUCAAUAUGGCGAAGACCCGGACGAUCAAGAGAGAGCUUCAUCCGGCGCUAGCCUGUCCUUAAGAUGCUAUCACCAAUCCCGCGCGUUGCUCAAAUUCAAUAACGACGAAGAGACGCUCGGCAACCCUCAGAGAGUAACGACCGUGCAAGCCUAUCUUCUACUGCAGGUUCUGACUAUGAUGUAUCUCUGCGGAGCAUCGUCAGCAUAUGGCCUGAAGAUACAUUCAAAGAUCGUCACGUUGGCGCGAGCGGGUGGACUUAUGCAACCAUUACCGGCCCAACCGACUGCAGCAGCAGACCUGGAUUCUCUUUGGCACCAAUUCGUCCAAAACGAAACGCAUAAGCGAACGUGUUUUGCCAUACAUCAGAUGGAUGCUUUAUGGUACCAGGCACUUUCCGUCCCCCGAUCAUUAUCGCAUCUUGAAAUUAAACAGGAGUUACCUUGUGCGACAGAUCACUGGAUAGCAGCAAACUCUGGCGAAUGGGCACACAAGCAAUUACUCCUGAGACAGACUGGCCCACCAACACAAUUCUCCGAAGUAGUCAAACAGUUCUUGACUUCCAGUUCGGAUCUACUUACCUUGUCUCCAUUCGAUCCUUAUGCAACUAUCAACAUAAAUCAGUUCCUCAUUUCGAGUGCUCGAGAAGUGUCUGGUUGGUCUACGAUAACAGGUAUUCUGAGCACAGAUAGAGUGGAGCCACUCAGGUCCUCUCUUGUUGCGCUAGAGCCUUUUGCCCGGCCACGCGGAAGCAAUUCAGACCCAUCGCAGGCUUCGCUGAGUGAAACCACCUGGGAGACGGCGAUGAUUGAACUGCAAAUGUGGUCACCUACACACACUAGUGGUAUCAUCGAAGGGAGCGCAGAUGCAGUACUGUACCAGCUUACAGACCAUGCGCCGUCGUGUGAGUUUCUUUGUGAAUCACGCAUCUCAGAUCUACUUCAGCCACAUGUCGAUUGGUUUCUGCGGUACCUGGAUGUGACCACAUCGCCAGAAACCGAAGCACCCUGGGUUCUUCUCUAUGCUUACAAAGCCUUCAUGAUUGCGUGGCAGCUUGUUCGCCGCGGCAGGCGUGCGCGAACCCAGAUUGGCGUACUGAAGGUAGCGUACCAUUCGUGCCCAUCAUGA